AUGGAUACAUCGGAGCCUCAAGAGAGUCCAAAAUCGUUACUGAAUGUCAAGCAUAUAAUAUUAAUAUUAUCAGGUAAAGGAGGAGUUGGAAAAUCAUCUGUUACUACGCAAACAGCAUUGACGCUUGUAAAUAAAGGGUUUAACACUGGAGUGUUGGAUAUAGAUUUAACUGGGCCUUCUUUGCCCCGGAUGUUUGGGGUGGAGACAAAGCAGGUACAUCAAUCGUCCGCAGGAUGGGUUCCAGUAUCGGUGUAUAAUAACGGACAGGAAAAAAAUGAAGAAAAUAAGAGAGGAAACCUAUCUUUAAUGUCGCUAGGAUUCUUGAUAGGAAAUAGGAAUAGCUCUGUGGUGUGGAGAGGUCCUAAGAAGACGGCGAUGAUAAGACAGUUUCUCAAAGACGUUGUGUGGAGUGGUGGGGAAAAUAAUGUCCCAUUAGAUUACUUGUUGAUCGAUACACCACCAGGGACGUCGGAUGAACAUAUAGCAAUAGCAGAAGAGUUACGGUGGGCAAACCCAGAUGGGGCUAUUAUUGUUACAACGCCGCAGCAGGUUGCAACUGCUGAUGUCCGUAAAGAGAUUAAUUUUUGUAAGAAGGUCAAUUUUGAUGUACUCGGUGUUGUGGAGAAUAUGAGCGGUUUCAUAUGUCCCCAUUGUUCUGAAUGCACGAAUAUCUUCCUGAGUGGUGGUGGUAAAGAACUAAGCGAGAAAUUGGACUUGCAAUUUCUUGGUAAUAUUCCAAUAGACCCAAGUUUUGUGGAAAUGGUGGAAAUGCAAGACAAUGAUCAGAAUGAUGGAAAGAAGAAGUUGGUUGAUUUGUAUGAUGACUGUGAAUUAAAGGGAAUUAUGGAAGGUAUUGUCGAUAAAGUAUUAGAGCAACAGCACCCAGCAAGGUUUUAA